AUGUUCCACUUGCUUCUAUUCACCUUGGGUCUAGUUUUCCUAGGCACCACCAGCAACCUCGUCGACUGUGUUGCCAUGGAGUUGGAUCUGGAUCGAUUCGAGCAGAUAUCCGGAUUUAACCUAAUAGACUUCUCCAAAAUGCGGGUCCGAAAGUUCAACCGAACUACCUACGUACUGGACGGAGAGUUCGAAUUAUUUGAAGACCUCAACGAUAAAUACCAAGGUGCAGUUACAUGUGCAUAUAGUGCCCUUGGUAACAAUCAGUGGAACGAGUAUCCGUUCAAAAUAUCCAAGGAUAAAUUGUGCAAUGUGUUUAAUGGGGCAUACAAGGAAUACCAAGAGUAUUUCGUUGAAUCCACAAACCUGCCACGGGUUGGGGAUGAUUGGCUCUGUCCGUUCCCGAAAGGUAAAUAUUGGGUACGGAAUUUAGCUCCAAAGGCCGAUUGGGUACCAAAGGUCGUUCCUGCUGGAUACUGGAGACUUACCAUGUGGCUAUAUGAUACUAAGGAUGAAGUCGUCUUCAAGGCUCAUUUCUUCAUGAAACUUACUAAAGGAUAUUUUUAA